AUGACCGUUAACUUCUACACGGCACUACGCACAUCAGUGGAAAAAGCGAUCAUCGAAUAUGCGGAUUUACUUUAUGGUACACUGAACGAGACUGAUAAUGAUAGUUCUGAUGAGGAGAGUUCGCUUCCUGCUUCGUCUGUUGCUCAUGAGUGCAAUACCGAAUGUGACUGUAGCUGGCUUCCACAAUUCCAAGCACCCUCUGGUGAGACGGAUGGGCAGAUGACUUCCGGUUCUGAUGUGAAUUCCCAAGCUGACGACUCGCAUAAACCUAGCUUGGCCCGGGUCACCUCUUCCUCCGCAGCCGAGGCUUGGAGCUUCUGA